GGGGGGGGGGGGGGGAGGGGGGCUCUAAGCUUCUUCAAGCUUUCACUCGCCCCCUGAAGACUUUGCGCUGAGCGGGGAGCAGUUGUUGGGAACUGUUUCCAACCGAUUCCCAGGAGGGCAAAGCCCAAGGGAUGCUCAAGACUGGGAGGGGGCCUCAAGACCUCGGCCUCCAGGGAUCGCGACAGCUAAAACGCGGGAGGGGUCUCCCUUCGACGACUGAUCUCCGCGGAUCCCCCUGGCACCAGGCUCACCAGGGCCUGGGAACUGCGCCUGGAGACUUCUCGCAAGCGGGCUGCUCAGUGCCUGGAGACACAGAAGGCCUGGGCUCGGGCUGAGAAAGGGCCCUUCUGCAACUGAUGUCGGGGUACAGGGGAUACAGCCCCGAGCCCGGAGAAAAGUGAAAGGCGAGAUGACACACACUGAAUCCGGGCAAACACCGGAGCCGGGGACGACACUCCGCGCCCGGGGCAGCAGGGAAGAACAAAACCCGCGUCCAAAGGAAAUUAAAAACCUGGGGUCGAAGCCCUCUCGGUUGGCCCAGGAAACCCACCCAGCCCCGUCACGCAGAGCCAGGAAGGAAAGAGAGCCUCAUGCCUGAGCCGAGGGGAGCACCAUGGAUCUGACAAAGAUGGGCAUGAUCCAGCUGCAGAACCCCAGCCACCCCACGGGGCUCCUGUGCAAGGCCAACCAGAUGCGUCUGGCCGGGACGCUGUGCGAUGUGGUCAUCAUGGUGGACAGCCAGGAGUUCCAUGCCCACCGGACCGUGCUGGCCUGCACCAGCAAGAUGUUUGAGAUCCUCUUCCACCGCAACAGCCAGCACUAUACUCUGGACUUCCUCUCGCCAAAGACCUUCCAGCAGAUUCUGGAGUAUGCGUACACGGCCACACUGCAAGCCAAGGCGGAGGACCUGGAUGACCUACUGUAUGCAGCCGAGAUCCUAGAGAUCGAGUACCUGGAGGAGCAGUGCCUGAAGAUCCUGGAGACCAUCCAGGCCUCAGACGACAAUGACACGGAGGCCACCAUGGCGGACGGCGCGGCCGAGGAGGAGGAGGACCGCAAAGCUCGGUACCUCAAGAACAUCUUCAUCUCGAAGCAUUCCAGCGAGGGGAGUGGGUACGCCAGUGUGGCUGCUCAGAGCCUCCCUGGACCCAUGGUGGACCAGAGCCCUUCCGUCUCCAGCUCAUUUGGUCUCUCGGCCAUGAGUCCCACCAAGGCUGCGGUGGACAGUUUGAUGACCAUAGGACAGUCUCUCCUGCAGGGAACUCUUCAGCCUCCCGCAGGGCCUGAGGAGCCAGCUCUGGCCGGGGGUGGCAGGCACGGUGGGGUGGCCGAGGUGAAGACGGAGAUGAUGCAGGUGGAUGAGGUGCCCGGCCAGGACAGCCCUGGGGCCACCGAGUCCAGCAUGGUGGGCGCGGUCGGGGACAAGGUUGAGGAGAGGAGCAAAGAAGGGCCCGGGACCCCAACUCGCAGCAGCGUCAUCACCAGCGCUCGGGAGCUGCAUUAUGGGCGCGAGGAGAGCGCCGAGCAGCUGCCGCCCCCGGUCGAGGCUGCCCAGGGUCCCCCCGGCCGACCGGAGCACCCUGCGCCCCCGGCCGAGAAACAUCUGGGCAUCUAUUCUGUGUUGCCCAACCACAAGGCCGACGCCGUGCUGAGCAUGCCGUCUUCAGUGACUUCUGGCCUCCACGUGCAGCCUGCCCUGGCCGUGUCCAUGGACUUCAGCACCUACGGGGGGCUGCUGCCCCAGGGCUUCAUCCAGAGGGAGCUGUUCAGCAAGCUGGGGGAGCUGGCUGUGGGCAUGAAGUCGGAGAGCCGGACCAUCGGGGAGCAGUGCAGUGUGUGUGGGGUGGAGCUUCCUGACAACGAGGCCGUGGAACAGCACAGGAAGCUGCACAGUGGGAUGAAGACGUACGGGUGUGAACUCUGCGGAAAGCGGUUCCUGGAUAGUUUGCGACUAAGAAUGCACUUACUGGCUCAUUCAGCGGGUGCCAAAGCCUUUGUCUGUGACCAGUGCGGAGCCCAGUUUUCGAAGGAGGAUGCCCUGGAGACCCACAGGCAGACCCAUACUGGCACGGACAUGGCUGUCUUCUGUCUGCUGUGCGGGAAGCGUUUCCAGGCUCAGAGCGCGCUCCAGCAGCACAUGGAGGUCCACGCGGGCGUGCGCAGCUACACCUGCAGCGAGUGCAACCGCACCUUCCCCAGCCACACCGCCCUCAAACGUCACCUGCGCUCGCACACAGGCGACCAUCCCUACGAGUGUGAGUUCUGUGGCAGCUGCUUCCGGGACGAGAGCACGCUCAAGAGCCACAAACGCAUCCACACGGGCGAGAAACCCUAUGAGUGCAAUGGCUGUGGCAAGAAGUUCAGCCUCAAGCACCAGCUGGAGACGCACUAUAGGGUGCAUACAGGUGAGAAGCCCUUUGAGUGUAAGCUGUGCCACCAGCGCUCCCGGGACUACUCGGCCAUGAUUAAGCACCUGCGCACGCACAACGGCGCCUCCCCCUACCAGUGCACCAUCUGCACGGAAUACUGCCCCAGCCUCUCCUCUAUGCAGAAGCACAUGAAGGGCCACAAGCCCGAGGAGAUCCCGCCCGACUGGAGGAUAGAGAAGACUUACCUCUACCUGUGCUACGUGUGAGGCAAGACGGCGGCAGUGGCAGGGGAGCGGGCAGCCGGGAGAGAAGUUAGGGCAGGAUGAAGUCGAGGAAGGACUGUGGAAAAAAAAGAAAGAAAAAGACAAAAAAAAGGAAAUAGAAAAAAAGGAAAAAAAAAGAGAGAGAAGAAAAAGGAAACCUGAUAGCUGUCUGGCCUCGGACUCUCUCUGGGGCUCCAAGGGACCUGGAUGCCCCGCCACCACCCCUCCCCGGCGGCCUCUGUCCCUCCUCCCUGGCUGGAGGUUGGCUUCAUUUUCUUGGGUUGGGGUGAGCAUGGUUUGUUGAGCUCACUUGGUGGUAUAUGUUUCUCUUCCCUCCACCCAGACCCUCCUUUUGCAUCCAGAAGUGGAGGCUAGGGAGGGGGUGAGGGGUGCUGUGGUCAGAGCCAAACAAUCUUUGCCUGUCGCCCUCAGAGGGAGGGGGCCCGCGGGUGGUGGGGCUGGGUUGGGUCACAGUCACUAGUCGAUGGUCACAUGGCAGCUCUGGGGGCAGAGUGGAGUGGGAGGGCCUCUCCUGCCGUCCCACCACUCAGUUCAUCUGUUGCCCCCCACCCCCCAGCUCUGCCGCUUGGGGUGUCCCCUCAAGGUGUUCAGCAGCCUCAUGGCUCUUGCCCGUCCCCCAGCUCCUUGCUCCCUGCCUCCAAGAGGCCCCUCCCAAGUGCAGGGGUGCCCAGCCCCUCAUGCAUCAGGCAGCGCCUUCCCUCCUGGCUUAGCUCCCUAGCUGGGAAGCUGCAUUGGACUCCACAGCCCCCUCACCCCACCCUCCGCUUUCUGAGAACACAAAAUAAAUGGAGUACCCCACCCUAGUCAAGCCCUGUCAUGAGCGAGGUUCCUGCUGAGCUGCUUUCGCUUCCAAAAUGGGAAAACAUAACUAACCCUAUACCGUCCCACCAAGCAAACCAACACCAAUCCCUACCACCCCUAUUUCAGGCCCUAGGAGAAGGCGUCCGUGAAAGGGCUCAUUGUCCGAGGGAAGGAUGUGCCCAGAUGUGUCCUACACCUGGAGAAGGGGACGCCCUGCCCGGGGAUUGGGCUAGCUGGUUGGGGGUGGGGACCCCAGCCCUGGUCCAGAGAGCAGCACAGAGUUCCUGGCUCUCAGGGCACCCCCCCCCCCCCGCCCCCCGCAAGUUCCCAGGGAGGAGGAAGGAGAGGAGGAAGAGGAGUAGAAAGCGCUUUGGCCCUUAUGUAAAUGUUUUGCUUCUUUUCUGUGUCCCCUGUUCCCCUGUUAGCACAUUGUACUUGAAUUACCUCAGUUUUUUGUGACCUCAUGAGCUUUUUUAACCCCUGUAUCUCUUUUUUGGUUGGGGGUUGGAGGAAUGGGGAGGACGUUCUUUUCUGUUUCUUGUAUAAAUUAAUAGUUGGUUUAGUAGACUUCAGCUGGCCACGGCCCUUUGCCAUCCCAGCUGGACAGGGCUGGACGGAAGGAGUGGAGUACUCAGGAUCAGGACGUGAGAGCCGGGGUCAGCAGAAGGUGGGCGAAAGGGAGGGUGUGUCAGGGGCACUCUGGAGUCACCGUUGGCUCUGCCCAGGGCCUCCCAGAGUCCUCUGUACCCAGCAAGGGUUCAGCCUAAAACACUCUGGAGAAGAUCCUACCUUUCUUAGAAUUUGCUGGGUCCUUUGGGCCUGGGGGCCUGUAUUAUUCAGAUCCCUGCAACCGUGUGGCCCCGCCUCUGUGUGCGUUAUCAUUGCCAAAAUGGGUCUCUCUUGCAGGGCUGGCGUGGGGAUGAGCCGGCCUCUGUUUUGUUGCGUUAGGGUGGGGGUGUUGUUUUUCUAAAAGCUACCUCUUAUGUUCCUCCAGUUCUUUUGUUCCCUUGCUGCCUCCCUUUCUGCUGCUCUGUUUCCCUCCUUCCCCCCAACCUCCCCCCCCUGAAUUUUGGAAAGCACGUUUGCAAUAUUUGGUUCGCUUUGGGAUGGGCCCUCCGUUUCAUCUCAUGCUUUAUUUGUAAGAGUUGUGUUUGUUUGUUUGUUUUCUUUUUUUUUCUUUCCUUUCUCUCUCUGAGAAAGUUGUGGCUGCGUUUUUAUCUUAGGGUUUUAAAAGUGGUUUUGGGGAAGUGGUUUUGGGGAGAAGGGUUGUGAGGGCUCUAGGGAAGUCGGAGGGAUGGGUGCUGCUGUGACCACCCCCCUGUCCCUCGGCCCCGUCCCUCCUGCCCUCCCCUGCAAUCCUGCCCACCAAAUUUGAAGGCCUUAAAAAUUGUGUGUGGGGGGGGGAUCGGAACUUGGGGGGACCGUGUCACUAGACUGUCGGUCGGGGAUGGUCAGGUAGGGAGGAUGCUCUUUUGCAGUUGUAAUAAUGACUUAGUGCUUUGGAAAGGACAAAAAAAGUUGAACUAUGUGACUAGAGCAGUUGUCGUGUUGAUAAUGUGAAAAGAGGCAAAUCAUCUGGGGGAGGGGCGGUCUGUAAGAAAUGUUUAUGCACUAUGCUUCCUCCCCCAGCCUGGGAAGAAGGGGGUCUGUAAACCCCCGAAAACAAUAUUUUAACAGCAAGAUCUCUUGCAACUUCGGUGGGGAAGGAAAAAAAAAAAAAAAAAGAAACUAUUCCAUAGACGUAGCUGACACCUCUCACUCGCCCCCACCCUUCCCACGCAGCCUGGGUCUCCUGCCCUGUUCAUAAAAGCUGAGAGGGUUGAGCUAAUAUUUACAAAUUGUAAUAUUUUUGUAAUGUUUGUUAGUUCCUUCGUCAGUUCUACAGGACCUUGCCCUUUUUUCCUUUUGUAAUGUGAAUAGGAAAGAAAAAAGACAAAAAAAAAAAAAAAAUCCACCACCGCCACCACCAAAAUACCCCUCUGUGUGUGCGUGUGUGCGCGCGUGUGCUUUUUGUGUGUGGUUGUGUGUUCAGUCACGCAGUAUUGUUGUACUCUGGUGUUGCAGCAUCGGAUGGUACUAAGUGAGCACCUGUCUGCCCCCCACCGUCCCUGAGGGACCCUAGCAGGGAAAUGAGGACAGAGGGUCAGGGUGGGUGGUUUCUGAAGGAUACUGAAUGGGAGACGCCCGUGUUGGCUUUGCUCUCCCCUCCUCCCCGACGAAGCCUCGACACCCGGAGAGAGUCCAACAUGCCUCUUUGCUAGGUUCCUACUCACAAAGAUGAAGUAAUUCUGACCUUGCCAAGGCCUUCUUUGCCAGGCCUAAGGGCCAAGGCGAAGGUCAAAAAUUAUCUGGAGUCUUCAGAUGUGUCUGAAAAGGGGGCUGGGGAGACUAGGAGGGCAGAGGGUGCUGUCUCCCCAGGUGAGAGCUGAGUGUUACUUCCCUCUCCAUUCUGCCAUCUGGCCCCUUGGCCACCUGCUGCCUUUAGCUGUGUUACCGCUGACGACCCUCCCUGCUACUGCCUUACCCAGCAUUAGCGAAACUUCUCCAGCCGGGAAAGUCCGGGCUGCUUAAUGGUCCCUUUCUAGUGUUCAGCUCCUACAGGCGUGUCCCUUAAUGCUUUUGGUGACAUUUACCCAUCAUGUGCUCUUUCCCUAUUCACUCCUUCACUCAUUCAAAGCAUUAAAAUCCUAUGUGUAUAUAGGAUAGACAAAUAUAUAGAUAUAUAUAUAUAUAGCAAGAGAGAGAUAUAAAAUAGUAAAUAUCAUUGCUGCUUUGGGCUGCUUUGGAGGAGGCCACGGAUAUGGGGAAGGUAGAUCUGGGGUGCAGGGGUGGGUAGGGAGGCUGGGGGCCCCAGUGAUUCAGUACAAUCCAGGGAUGCAAUGCGGGCUUGUUUAGUCUUUGUGCCUGAACGUUUCUCCAUGUGUAGAAAAAAAACACAAUAUUUGCUGCAAUUUUUCACAAGUGUAUGGUACCCUUCUGGAUGCUGUUGGUACGGCCGGCUGCAGGGGUGAGCAGUGGUGGGGCAGCCUUUGGACUGUCCAGUGAGGGUGGCGGGCAGGACGAGAUUUGUGGAGAGUCCCCUGCAAGUCCAGUAAGAGUGAAAGCUGGGGCACCACGUGUUAGAACAGCAGAGAAAGAUCAGACUCUGUUCAUUUUUCCUGGGCCUCUGUCCUGUCUUUUUCCCUCUUCCCUCUGGUUUCCUCCUUCCUGGAGCUUCAUGGCAGCACUUCCUUGGACGUUUCAGUAGGAGGGAAGAAAGCCAGGCUGACCCUGCUCCGUGGCGCUCAUGGGUGGAGGAGAAGGCAGAGCCAGCCGGGAGAGGGUGCAAGAGAGACCAGGGAGGUUGGGUCAGGGGAAGAGGGUGGGGAGAGAGGGGUGCGGGCCUCGCAGGCCUGUCGGCUGCCGGCCCUGCCUUCCUGGGUCCUUGAUGGCCCACUUUGCAGACAGGGUACCAGCCUCCUGGUGUGUGUCAUAGAAUUUGUUCACGUAGUGUUAUGCAUGAUCUUUGUGAGGUUACAAAGCCGUGGUGGUGCACCAUGACAUCCAACCCAUAUAUAUAAAGAUAAAUAUAUAUAUAUAUGUAUGUAAAUUAUAGCACUGGGGGCCCCCGCUGCCCUGCUGGACCAAGCAAAACUAAGCCUUUUGGUUUGGGUAUUAUGUUUCGUUUUGUUACUUGUUUGUUUUUGUGGCUUGUCUUCUGUGGUGACAGCACAAGUGCCAGUCCUAUCGCUCUGUAUUACAGAAUUCGUGUUUUUAAUUAAUUGACGUUCUAGUUCAUGUCUACCUCAGCACCUCCUCUUAGCCUAAUUUUAGGAGGCUGCCCAAUUUUGUUUCUUCAAUUUUACCGGUUACUUUUUUUUUUUUUUUUUGUACAAAUCUCUCUCUCCCCGCCCUCCCUCCCCCCCUUCCCCCCUCCCCCCUUGCCCCUGCCCAGCCCCAGCCCUGCUUGCCAGUCCCUCUGUGGUCUAGUCCCCUUGUCACCCAAUGUCAGUGCGGUCCUGGUCGCAGCUUUCCGCAUCUGCCUUCGUUCCGUGUAGAUUGAUGCGUUUCUUUGUAAUUUCAGUGUUUCUGACAAGAUUUAAAAAGGAAAAAAAAAAAAAAAAAAAGAAAAAAAAUGAAUUUACUGCUGCAGGUUUUUUUUCUCUCUCCAUGUGUCACUAAGUGAAGUUUGUGCCUUCUAUAGCAAAGAGAAUAUUUUUUACAUCCUACUAACAGUAGAUUUUUUUGUAGUGAACAUUUUUUGUAUUUUUAUUUAUAAGUCUCAUAAGAAAAAUAGCAAUGUUCAGUUGUAUACCUUGAAUCUGCAGUUAGAAGAGAAUAAAGUUAAUUCAGUUGUCUCUGG